ACAGAAGUGAAACGUCUGUAAUUCGCGGGAAACUCUGGAGAAGAUGGCGAGACAGACCGAGGGAUGACCGCACUGCACAGAGACUUCUCUCUGGAGAUGGCGAAUCGCAGCUUGGAGCUGGCACUGAGAGAUGUUUAUCCUACCUGUAGCAGGUUGCGCCGCCCUGCCAUGGAAAACUCUGGGAAAAGCGGGCAGGACUGCCCAGAAUUGUUGGUCCCUCAAGCAGAAGGCCAGUAUGUACUUUGCAGGUGGACAGACGGACUCUAUUAUCUGGGGAAGAUAAAAAGGGUCAGCAGUUCAAAGCAAAGUUGUCUUGUGACAUUUGAAGAUAACUCUAAGUACUGGGUCCUUUGGAAAGACAUUCAACACGCUGGCGUACCCGGAGAGGAACCCAAGUGUAAUGUUUGUAGUGGGAAGAGCUCUGUGACCCACAAUCAGAUCCUCAUCUGUGGAAAGUGUGGACUUGGGUACCACCAAAAGUGCCACAUACCCGCUGUGGAGAAUGGGGAGCAAACCAUUCUAGAGCCUUGGUUCUGCAGGCGCUGCAUCUUCGUGCUGGCUGUCCGGAAAGGGGGCGCUCUGAAGAAAGGCCCCAUUGCCAAGGCAUUGCAGACAGUGAAGAUGUUGCUCACAUACAAUCCAGAGGAGCUGGACUGGGAUUCUCCACAUCGAACCAAUCAGCAGCAGUGUUACUGUUACUGUGGAGGGCCCGGAGAGUGGUACCUGAAGAUGAUCCAGUGUUACCGAUGUCGUCAGUGGUUCCAUGAAGCAUGUAUCCAGUGUCUGAACGAGCCCAUGCUGUUUGGUGACAGAUUUUUUAUGUUUUUCUGUUCCGUUUGCAAUCAAGGUGUGGAGUUUAUAAAGAGGCUUCCUCUGAGAUGGGUGGACAUUGUGCAUCUCACCCUUUAUAAUCUGGGAGUACUGAGUAAGAAGAAAUACUUUGAUUUUGAGGAGAUUGUGAACUUUGUGAACGAAAAGUGGGACCAUCUGCAGCUUGGAAAGCUCUCUGUCACUCCACCCGAAGACCGAGGACAACACCUACUGGAGGCAUUAAACAGCUAUAAAAGCCGGUUUCUCUGUGGCAAAGAGAUCAAGAGAAAAAAGUGCAUCUUCAGAUUGAGGAUAAGAGUGCCACCCAGCCCGCCUGGAAAACUCCUGCCAGACAAACUUUUGGGCCAGGCAGACCGGAGACCUGGAGGUGAAGUUAAAAAGAAGGAAAGGAGCAAGUAUACUCUCAAAAACAGCCUGCUGCCUCAUGACUGCCAGCAACAGAAGAGGGGAGGCAUCCAGCGGAAGCAGUCGGGGUUCCUCCUUGAGGACGCCAUCCCCAGUAGCGAUUUCACCUCGGCAUGGAGCACCAACCACCACCUGGCCAGCAUCUUUGAUUUCACGCUGGAUGAGAUUCAAAGCUUGAAAAGCUCAAGUUCCGGUCAAAAUUUGACUUCUGAUUUGGACUCAAAUGAUGGGGCCAGCACGUCUGGCUCUGCCUCCACCUGCCUAUCAUACGAGUCACGUGGAAAUGUUGGAAGCCGCAAGCGGAAGCUGGCCUCUAAGUCGUACACUGCUUUUGAAUCGAAGAGGAGGACCCUGGACCACUCGGACCGACAGAACAGCUGUGCUGCAGAAUCCGUGGAGUACCCCCGAUUGUCUGACUUCCAAGAUAAUGCUGCUGAUAGCCACACCUUUGAGAGCCUUAGCGAGGAUGACUCCUCCAUUCCGCACCUCAAACACUCCAUCACAACUUAUUUCGGUGCUGCAGGAAGGUUGGCUUGUGGCGAGAAAUACCAAGUAUUGGCACGGAGGAUCACCCCCGAAGGAAAAGUCCAGUACUUGGUAGAGUGGGAUGGAACCACCCCGUACUGACCUGGACAUUAAAAAUAUAUACGUAUAUUUUGUAACCAAAGUAAGGAAGCGCACGCCGAAGCAAACCUUUUCAGCCAUAUUGCCAGUCACAUUGUGCCUACUGAAGGUAAUGAGGCGGACAUUUGACUCUUUAGUAACAUUUUGCUGCAAAUAUAAUUAUAGCACUUAUACAGGGUACAAAUAUCGAACGGCCAUUGGGGCAACAAUACUGACUUUUUCCUUGAUAUACUGGGACUGUGAGCAGGAAAGUAGAAAUACUUUGCUUCUAGAUCUAGAGGUAGCUUUCAAGAUUGUAGACCCAAAGACGUCACUUUGCUAAUGUCAACUCCAUGCUGGAGGCUAAAUCAAUAAGAAAGCUGUGGACAGGACCACAGGUUAAAAAAAAAAAAAAAAA